AGACGCUCUUGAACUUUCACUGCCGCGCGCCGCGCGACGCGCUUUCCCAGCAGCGACGGAAGAGGAGGACAGCGAUGGAGCCCGAAGCCGCGCCGCCCGGGCAGAGGAGCCAGCGGAGGGCAAAGCCUCCGCCGGGAGCCUUUGCGUGGUCUACAUUGAGCAGCCAGGCCAGUGCGGGACAGCACGACGACGAGGAGAUGGACGACGCGAUGGACGAGGCAUGGGAUGGCGACGAUGGCGACGACGAGGAUGCGCUGCAAUACGUCGACGAAGACGUCAUUCGCGCCGCAGCAAAGAGUGGCGGCGGCGGCGGCGGCGGUAAUGCUGCUGUGAGUGACCUGUACGAUGACGGUGGCGAAGAGGACGAGGAGGACGAAGAGCUCUACUUUGAGCCCGAGGAGGAUAGCGAUGACGAGUUCCGGCCCCAGGAUGAAUCGGGGCUUUCUGACGAUGACGAGGGCGACGAAGAUGAGCAGCAGCAGCAGCGGAGAAGUAGGGGGGCGAAGGGUGUCUCAGGGCGCUACACCAAGCCGGUGGACAUACCUCUAGAAACACCACAUGAGCAACGCCUCGCCCGUGCGAAACUCAAGCAGUGGGCACCGCCCACCGGCCACGGUGGUCUCGAGCGGCCGGAGGUGUGGCGAGAGGAAGGGGCUGAAAGGCGGAGAAGGCAGGCGAGUGCACCGCGAGAUCUAGCGCAAGAAGACGUCGAAGCCGAGAAGGAUGCCAUUACCAAUCUCGCAGAGGCCUUUCAGUUGAACAGUGAGGCCGGCCUGCUGUCCGGAUGGAAUGACGCUCUGCAGCGACAGUAUCCUCGAGAUGUGGAGCAGGAGGCGGACAUGAGACCCAGGAGAGGCAGGAUGAGGGAAGAAGAGGAAGAAGAGGAGCAGGAAGAAGAAGAGGCAGAGGAGAUCGAUGACUACGCCUUUCAGCAGGAUCUGCGAGGCGCUGCCGGUUUCAGGAGGAAGCGCGACAAGGCAAAGGAGAAGACCAGAGGCAGACGGCAGAUGAAAGAACAGAUACUCAGCCCCGAAACAAGGCAGGUGCUGUCCCAGGCCAACAUGCUGUACAUCAGUGAGGACAUCGACGGGGCCAUUGGCAAGCUGCAGGAGGUGAUUAGCCUCGAUGCCACGGUGCGAUCUGCGUGGGCCACGCUUGCCGUCUGCUUUGGCGAACGCGGUCAAGAGGAACGCAGCAUUCAAUGCCGAAUCAUCGAAGCUCAUCUCACCGCCCACCCAGUCUCGCUCUGGGUCGACAUGGCUCACAGGAGCCGAAGCCUGGGCUUCUUUGAGCAGGCCGAUUACUGCUUCUCCCAGGCCAUCAAGUCGACGAGGGAAAAGGACAAGUCGGAUGUCAUUGACAUCAUGUGGGAUCGUGCCAUGCUACUCCAGGACGAUAUGGACCAGCCCAAGCGCGCGGCGCACGCCCUGCUUCAACUUCUCAAAUUCAGGCCUCACAAUCAGCAAGUCAUCAAGACGCUCAUCCCGCUCCUGUACCAGUGCGACAUGAUUCCAAGAGCCAUUGCUGUCCUUCAGGAGCUCGAAGAGUGGAGCAUGGGCGCAUUCGCCGAUCCUGGUGUGGAUCUCCGCCUGCUCGUCGAUGGGACUGAAGAGGAUAUCGACGGCGAUGUUCAAAAUACCUACGAAUCAAGCGAGGUUGUGACCUUGGCCGAUCUCCUCCUCUACGUAGGAAGGGCCGAGGACGCUCUCAUGACGAUUAAGCGUGGCGCUCGAUGGCUUCAAGGAAGGCUUCACGAGGACUUUUGGGAAGAGGUACCCGAUGACCGAGAAUUUGACGAGGUUCGAGGACGACCGCUAUUCGACGGCGAGCCUAGGCCGCAGGGCGAAUUUGGGCGCCGAAUCGACAUGGCGCCGAUCCACUAUCUCGACCCCGAGAUGCGCUUUCGGCUUGGCAUUUGUCGUUCUCGCAUGGGCGACGCCAGGGAAGCCAAGCACCACUUUGAGAUCUGGAGGAGAGAUGCCGACUUCCUCGAGCAGAUGGACCAUUUUGGCGAGCUCGUCGAUGAGUACGUACAGAUGGGCUACGCGGAAGAUGGUCUCGAAAUCGCAGAGCACAUCUACAACGAAAAGGGCCGGAUGAUGGAAGUGCAACAGAAUCCCAGCCUCAUGAACGAGCAAGAGGCGAUGGUGUACAUUGACAUUGCCGACUACAAGCGGAUCGCCGCGUGCUUUCUCGCCCUCGAGCGUAGCUCGGACGCUAUUGGAUGGCUCGAGGGCGUCUGCGUCAUGGACCCUGGCGACCUGGAAAACAAGCUCAGGCUGGCCGAAGCGCUCGAAGAUGUGGGUGAACGAGAGAGGGCAAUCGAGCUUGUUGGAGAGGUUGUCCGGGCGAAGAGGGUCAGGGAAGCUCAGAUCACGGCUGAGGCUGCCGACGCCUUCCGAUCUGACGAUCAUGACCGGCAGCAACAACAGCUUACAACCGGCCGAGGCGAAGAGGAACGCACACUGGAGAGCACACUAUCCUUCUUCGCGGAGGUGAACGCUGACAGAGACCCGUCAUUGAGAUUGGGCCGCAAGCAGACGGCUAGGACGAACAAGGAGGGCCUCACGACGGAACAACGGAGGGAGCUCGAGAGCAUUCGGGAAGGUGAAGCCGACCUAGCCUGGCGCCGCAUGAGGCACCGCCAAGAGGACGUCUUUGUUGACCAUUGGUGGUCGGCCGAUGUGCCCUUCUCUGGCGAUGCCAAAGUGGACCUUUUCGGAAGCCUUGAGACGCCUUCGGAGCGUCAGAAGCGGUUCGACUCGGUUGCAGACUGGCUCGAACAUGCAGAGACGCUCGUCGUCAUGUUCCUCGAGACACCGCAAUUGUAUCCAAGCGACCGGCUCAAAAAGUUCACGGGUGUAUUCAAAGAUCGUCGUGGCCGAGGACGCGGGCGGGGAAGGGGGGGACGAGGUGGACGAGGCCGGGACAGAGGAGGGAAGCAUCCACAGAUCAUGGAGAGAGGCAAAAAUCGGCCUGGCACACUCGACGGGCAAGCCCGUGCGCUCCUGUCGAGAAUGGGCGAUGAUAUGCUCGGUGGGAAGCAGUUGGCUGCCGACUUGUUCCGAAAAGAAAUCGAGGAGCACUCGUCAUUUCGGGGCAUCGACUUUGAUGACUGGCUGCUGAUCUUACUCCAAUACGCCAUGGUCCAGACUAAGAUGGGCAACUAUCAGCGAGCAAAGGACACCUUGACGAAAGCCUUUACUGCGAGUGUCGUAUGGUCCCGCGACGACCGGAAGCUGAGAAUCAAUCUAGGACUCUUGGCGUGCGCUAUGCACCACGGCGAUGCCGGCACCGUCUUUGAGGAAGUUCGCCAUGUCAACAAUUUCUUCCAAUUCGAUCCAGAGCUGCCGCGCAUCAUCAACACGUUUGCAAACGCCAUGGGCGGAUACGGGGCGGCUGCCUACCAGGACAACAGGUAUCUGAAGAGCUAUCUACGCAGGGCAAGGAUCCACGAGGCCAUCGUCCAGGGUGUAGCAUCAAAGUUCAGGAACAAUCGAUGGGCCAUACAGGGCCAGCUCUUUGAGAGCAAUGAGCUGGGCAAUAUCCGAAAGGCCAGGAAGAGAGGCGCUCGUGCUGAUGACGACUCGGACCCGGCCGAAGGUGCUGAGGAGGAGAAUGAGGAAGCAGAUGGUGAGCCUGACGAGGAAGACGACCAAGAUGAGGACGAUGACUUGGAAGGGAAGGCCGCAGGUCAAGAUUCUGGCCAGAACGGCAUCGCAAAGGAAGAGUCCGCAGCGAUGGUCUGGAAGCGCAUCGAAAGGACCUUGAGCGAUUGGGAGCGCAAGCAGCUCCAACCACCUACGCAAUACAGCCCGCAUAACGACAUUCUGUACGCUUCGAUGAUCUUGACGUCGUCGAGUGGUAUACCCUCGAUGGCCUACUGGCUCCGCGUCUUUGCACACGUCCAGUCCGACGCCCUCGUCUGUCUGGGCGCCAGUAUCGCCUGCCUUGGUCGAGCGAUGAAUCGACAGGUCGACAAUCGGCACCAGUGCAUCGUCCAGGCCAUGGCCCUCCUUUCGCAUUACCGAAAGAUUCGGCUGGAUCGCCAGAAGGCAACGAGUGACGGCACGCCCUCGGCAGAGGCAGAGUACAACUUUGGAAGAGCCUUGCAGCAGCUUGGCCUCUACUUCUUGGCCGUGCCUCACUACACAAAGGCCCUCGAGCUACACGAUCAGGGGGUCGCGCAGCGCCAGCAAGACGAGGAAGCAAACGGCUUUGAUCCGCACAAGGAAGCCGCCUUCAACCUCGCUCUCAUUUACUCCGUCGAAGGAAACAAGACCAUGGCUGCCCAGCUCUUUGAUCGCUACCUCGCCAUUCACUGACGAAGUAGAGAGACUUUCAGGGAUUGUAAGCAAUGUAUUUCUAAUAGUAGAGACACUUUAUG